AUGCUCCUUUUACAAGUCUUCGCAUCUCCUCUUCCCAAGCCAUGCAAGAGAACGGUGCGGACACAACAAGCUUUGAAGCAUAUAACCCAAUCCUUCAUAAUCGUGGAGAAAACUUUUGCAGGAGCGAAACCCUCCAUUAACGAAGUUCUUCAAAUGAAACCACGAAAACAACGACGUGACAUCACUUCCGCGUCUAGCAUACAAGGAUCCUCCGCAUGUCCUUGGAUAUGGAGGAACACUAGGAUUCGGCCGAAUGAGUUCCCCUCUGUCUUUUCAAGGGCUGUUUGUUCAGGCUGUGGCCAUUUCUGUGAGCCUGUGAGGUAUGCGGUUAUGGUUCUAGUUAAGGAUGGCUGCGAUCCAAAGAGUGGAGUGAGUAUUUGGAGGUGGAAACAAAGAAGAAUACCCAUUGCCUAUGUUUACAAGUCAUGA